ACAACACGAGCCGAGAGUACAUCUACACAAUCCUGAAGAACCGGCUACUGGGAAGCCACGUGUGCAUCGACACCAACAUCCUAGACGUGCCGACCAACCUCAAGUUCUGCUCCUUCGACGACCUCCUCAAAUGCGCAGACGAUCUACAGAAGUACGAGAGUUACGCAUAUGGCUGUUUAAAAAAAAUUGAGAAACUUGCAAAAGAGUAUGACGAAAAUAUUGAACUCAAAAUUAUAUACCAACGGCAACACAUUAACAUCGAUCAGUACAUAAGGCGAUUCAGUUGGGACGAUGCCAAGUACCCACGGAACAGGUCCCUAACAGACACCAUAGAUGUCAUGGUGAAUAACAUAACGAAGCUGUCUGACGAAAUUCAUAUUAAGUCUAGCAUGCUGACCGAUUUAAAAGAAAAGAAAAAAAAAGAUAUCCCAAAAACGGAAACAAACAAUUUUUUCUUAAAAAAUUUAAAUGAAAUUUUAACCCCACAGACGGUUAAUCAGGCAGACUUUAUGGAGACAGAAUACCUGACGACUCUAAUUGCAUAUGUCCCAAAGAACUCAGUUGAAGAAUGGCUAGCUAGCUAUGAAAAAUUUUCAGAGUAUGUUGUCCCAAGAUCUACGGAACAGUUCAAAGGGUUAGUAGACAAGGAUGGAAACACAUUAUGGAAAGUAUACGUUUUUAAAAAAUUUGCAGAAAAUUUUAAAGAAGCAGCAAAGUUGAAGAAAUUUGUUGUUAAGUCUUUUAAAUAUGAUGAAAAAAAAUACAACGAUGUUAUGGAAUCUAGGACUAAAGUAGAAGCAGAAAUAAUACGACAAGAAACGUUUCUACGUAGGAUGUGUUUAGCGGCUUUUUCAGAUAUUUUUAGUGCCUUUAUUCAUAUUAAUAUUUUGAGAGUUUUUUGUGAAUCGGUUCUUCGCUUUGGAGUGCCGCCUAACUUUGCCUCCUUCAGUAUACGUAUCAAUGGGGAAAGCAAGGAGAAAAAAGUACGCAAGAAAUUGUACGAUAUAUUUUCAGCCACUGACUCGAUUGGUAAGAAUUACAUUAAGAGGUCGGAUGAAAACGAUGAGGAGAUAUACCCCUAUGUCUCGGUGUCUUUCAAAAUAU